AUGGCGAGCGACGACCCUUACUUCGAGGUCAAAGGCGAGGUUGAAGCCGGCCUCCGCUCGCUCUCAUCUCUCGCCGCCGCCCUCGCCCGACUGGACCGCUCGAGCCCAGAUCCACAGCAGCGCGACUACACCCUCGCCGAGAUCCGCGCCACCCUCACCACCAUCGAGCCCGACCUCGACGAACUCGACGCGGCCGUCGUCUCGCUCGAGGAGCCAGGCGUCGCUCGCCGACUCGGCGUCGCAGACUACGAGGUCAGGGCCAGGCGCGACUUUGUCCAGCGUGCAAAAGCCGAGGUUGCGGCCAUUCGGCGUCAGCUACCGGCACCAGACCCUCUUCCAUCGGCUUCGAACCGGAAACGCCUCUCGGCCUCGUCAUCCGCCUACCCGCCGCCGUACCAGCCGUCCGACCAUUCCGCACAAGGCGAUGACGGAGAGGACGACCCCAACACCGAUUUCGAGAUGCAGCACCAGACGAUCCUCAUGGAGCAGCAGGACCGCACCUUGACCGACAUCUCGGGCACCGUCGGCCUCUUGCGCGAGCAGGCGCACCUCAUGGGUCGCGAGGUGUUUGAGCAGAACCAGAUGAUCGACGAGCUCGAUGAGCAUGUCGACUCGACGGCGGGCAGGCUCGCCAAGGCGCAGCGCAAAAUGGACCGCUUCGUGAGAGAGCACAACUCGGCGUCCAACUGGUGCAUCUUCAUCCUCAUGAUCGUCCUCUCGAUCCUCCUGUCUAUCAUCCUCUUUGCCUAGACCUAUACCCCGACGUACCUCAUACCCUAGAUGUGCAACAUACCCGUUCGCUCG